AUGGUGGAAGGCGAACCAUCUUACAUCGACUACGAGGCCUUCCUGGACCCAGACUUCUCUCCAGCUAGCUUUGCAAAUACUCUCGUCCUGAGUACCAACAAUGCGACCGACACACCUUUGGAUCUCUCCACCCCUCUCUCGAGGGUCCUUUUUGACCUGCAGGAAAUCGACACCCACAUUCAUACGUUGACGACAAAGUCCGCCUUGCCUCUCCUAUCGCACACUCGGGAUCAAACGGAAGCCGCAGAACGAAUCUUGAAAGAGGCUGGGUCCCAGAUCGCCUCGGUCACUCAAGGAUAUGAGCGAUUAGAAAAGGAGGUCGUGCAGAAGUGGAAAGCAGCAGACGAGGCUCGGAUUGCUGCGGAGAACUCAUUGGCGACGGUGCGGCUGGCACGAGCCGUUGCACGAUCUUUGACUUUGGGCCGACAACUAGAGAAUCAGAUUGGAGAGAUCACGGGAAAGGGAACAGGGCAACCGUCGCCGGCAGGUGCUGAUGGAGCGACUACCGCCAGGGAAGGGAUCCGAGCCCUCGAGCGAGCUGCGUAUACUAUACUGAGCCUGCGCCAGAUGUUCUCGGCUACCGGUGAGGAUGACGAAGGUUAUGGGCUGCAGCGAGUCAAGGUCAUGCGCACGUUGCGUAAUGAGCUCCUGCUCCCUGCAGAGAAUGUAGUCAAGGCCAGGGCGCAGCAGAUCAUCAACCGGUUCUCGUUGGCAAGCCCCAUGGCAACUACCAGUCGAACACCCGCCCCUUCGAGUUACAAGCAGGUUCGCGAUGCGCGAGCCCGACUAGGUCCUGCGGCCGCGACGCUGUACCUUCUUUCUCCAAUUCCAAGAGAUGGGGCAACUGUUGCCGAGUUUAAACCGGACCUUUUUCUCUCCACGCUACAGGGCUAUAUGCAGACAGCCAUCAUGACAUCCGUCAAUGGUCUAGCCAAGGGCCUUUCACAGCUUCCCACAAUGGACCGAACAUUGAACGACGUCGCGUCCCGAUGUCAAGAUAUUGCUGCGCUAGAGUCAUUUCUUCGCAAUCUUCGUGCGCCUACCCAUCCCCUUCUGGUGCAUUCCGAGACCAACAGUGCUCCAACCACCGGAGUUGAAAGUGCAGCUAGAGGUUCCCAGUCGAAUUUGCUGCAACCACUGCUGAAUGCGCUUGACACAUCCUCGUUGCCAUCAUACUACUGGCGUUCAGUCGCGUCGUCUCUGAGUCCCCGCGUCCAGGAGAUCAUGACUCGCGGUGGUGUCUCUGCUCGGACAUUACGAUCCAAUCGCGAUCGAUUGAGGACCGAAAUCAAACAAUGUGUAUUGCGAGCCUGCCAGAUCUCGGCAGCUAGUCUCUCUGCUGACAAGUCCCGCUCGGAGGAGGAGGAGGUUGCCGGUGCGGGCAAUUGGGAACGGGAAGCAGCUGUCAUGGUCAGCUCGAUUGUUGGGCCUUUGAGCCGAUGA